AUAAACACUAAACAAAGAGUCUGAAAAAGUAAAAGCACUAAAUACACUCAAAAGGUCCUUUGACUGCAAGUGCACUAUGGAUCAAAAUAAGGUAAUGAUGAACGCGCGAGCUGGAACCAAUUUGUAUAAUCUACUUUCACGUUGCUCUCAGGUUGGGCUACCACUCCAGAACACCAAACCACUGUUUGGACUGCAUAUUACUCCCUUAAACUCUCCCUCUUCCACAUUCCUACAAUUUCUCUUUUUUUUUUUUUUUUUUUUUUUUCUGUGAUCGAUCUCUCUUUUCUUUUGGAUUUUCCAUCUUUGCGUUUAUUCUUUUGUUGCAUUCUUGCCUAGACCGUGUUUGUUUUCUUUUGGUUGUUUCCAAUGGCCUUGGAAUCCCCAACGGCCUCUGCAUCACUUUCUACUUCAGUUGAAUCAUCGGCUCCUGGGUGGAAGUAUGAGGUGUUUUUGAGUUUCAGGAGUGAAGACGGUUUUACUUCUUAUUUGUACAAUGAAUUGCAAAAGAGAGAAAUCAAGACAUUCAUGGAUAUCGACGGAACUAGUUUGGAUAGAGGAGAGGGGAUUUCUCAAAGUAUCCUAGAGGCCAUUCAAGAAUCAAGAUUUGCAAUCGUUGUUCUCUCGCAAAAUUAUGCUUCUUCCAGUUGGUGUUUGGAUGAACUCACACAGAUUAUGAAGUGCAUGGAAAAUAAGGAAACAAUUCUGCCAGUUUUCUAUCACGUGGAUCCCUCUGAAGUGCGCUCUCAAAGGGGGGUGUGCGGAGCGGCCUUGGCUGCACAUGAAGAGCGGUUUAAAGAUCAAAAAGAGAGGCUGAUGAAAUGGAGGGACGCCUUGAACAAUAUCAGCAGCAUCUUUGGCUGGGUAUGUGGGAGUUCUGAGCCAGAAGGACAGAUUGUCCAACAAAUCGCGGAAUUUGUCUCCAGCAAACCUAUUGAAAUUAAGUCGACGGAAGAUAUUGAAACUCAUGGAACUUCUCCUCGUUGGAAGUAUGAUGUGUUUAUAAAUUUCAGGGGUGAGGACACUUGUAAGGUUUUUCUGUCCCAUUUACUAGCUGAAUUGCAAAAGAAACCAGCACACCUGAACACAGUAAAGAAUGAUGAACCACUUCCAAAAGGGCGGAAUAUAUCUUCGUAUCUCCUAAACGCCAUAGAAGAGGUGAGGUUUGCCAUUGUUGUUCUUUCGCAAGACUUUGCUUAUUCAUCAUGGUGCCUAGAGGAACUAGCAAAGAUUUUUGAAUGCAUGGAAAACCAAAAUAGAAUUCUGCCAAUCUUUUAUCAUGUGGAUCCCUCUGAGGUGCAACAUCAAAGUGGGAGAUUUGGAGAUGCCUUCGCUGUACAUGAAGAAAGAUUUCGGGAUAAUCAUGAGAAGGUCAGGCGGUGGAGACGUGUUUUAUCAAUGGUAGCCAACAUCCCUGGAUGGACUUCAGAAAACUAUGAGUAUGAAGGAGAACUUAUCAAAGACGUUGUGCAAGCUAUGUGCAGUAGACUAGUUCAGUCUACAGAGUCGACAGAAGAUUUUGAAGCAACAGGAGAUGUCAUGGACCGAACUUCUACCCAGCCUGACCCAGCUCCUGACCCAGCCCAUUCAGACCAUGAAUUGCCAAUCAUGUCUCCGCCUUCAUCAGCUGAACGAGAUCCUCGGCCGAAGUAUGAUGUGUUUUUGAGUUUCAGGGGGGAGGACACUCGUAAGGGUUUUAUAGCCCAUUUAUACCGUGAAUUGCAAAACACCAGAGUGAUUAAAACUUUCAAGGAUGACGUGCAACUAGAAAAAGGGACGGUCAUUGCUUCAAAUCUCCUAACGGCAAUCGAAGAAUCAAGAUUUGCGAUCAUUGUGUUGUCAAAAAAUUAUGCUUCUUCUUCAUGGUGUUUGGAUGAACUUGCAAAGAUUUUCCAAUGCAUGAAAGAUAGGAACACAAUUUUCCCAAUUUUUUAUGAGGUGGAACCCACUGAUGUACGCCAUCAAAAGACAGAGACGAGGUUUGGAAAAGCUUUCAUUAAGCAGCACGAAACUCAUGGACAAGACAACGAGAAGAUGAAGCAAUGGAGUGCUGCUUUAGAAGGAGUGGCUGGAAUCGCUGGGUUCCCGUCAACUAAGUAUCAGACGGACGUAGAACUAAUCAAAGACGUUGUGAAACAUUUGUUGAGCAAAGUACUUCAAGCACCCACCGGAAAUUUUGAAACAUUUAAAGCGACAAGGCGAGCAAUGGAUGACGUCAUGGAGGUAUUAAAAGAUGAUCAAGUCACUGUCCUUGGGGUGCAUGGAGUGGGUGGCGUUGGAAAGACGACGAUGGUCAAACAUGUUAGUGCACAAGCCCAGAAAGAUGGGAUUUUUGAUCAUGUGAUUAUGGUUGUCGUAUCCAAAAGCCCUGACUUGCAAGAAAUUCAAGGCACAUUGGCAGGUUCGCUGGGCUUGGAGGAGGGGAUCAUGAGAGAAAAUAGGAUGCUUAUAAUAUUGGACGACAUUUGGGAGAGUUUUGAACUCUCGAGCAUUGGAAUUCCCAGUCACAAUGAGCUUCAAAGGUGCAAUUCUAAAGUUAUACUCACCACAAGGAAAAGCAAUGUCUGCGAUUCUAUGGGGUGCCACGCCCAGAUCCUUCUCAAUGUUCUGUCAGAGGAAGACUCUUGGAAGUUAUUCAUGGAGACGUCGGGGAAGUCCUUUCAUGAAUCUACCAUUUCCUAUGAUGAAGCGAGAAAGGUAGCUCGAGAAUGCUGUGGUCUCCCAAAAGCAAUAAAAGCAGCUGCAAGGUCACUUGGAGAUAAAUACAUAGACGAAUGGAAUGAAGCAGUUGUAACAGCAUUUGGAGAUGACUGCUUGGACAAAUGGAAUGAAACAGCUCCACCUGUCAACUUCGAAGCUGAGGAAGACGCAUUUCAUUCAUUGGCAUCUGAUGAUGCCAAGUCAUGCUUCUUGCUAUGCUGCCUAUUCCCCGAAAAUUAUGAUAUCCCAAUUGAAGAUCUGCUCAAGUAUGGGAUUGGAAAAGGUUUGUUUCAAUAUGAUACAAUGCAAGAAGCCAGAGAUAGAGCACAUUCUGUGGUCAAGUACCUCAAAGUUUCUAGAUUGCUUUUAGACGGUAGAAAGAAGGGAUGCGUAAGGAUGACUGAUGGCAUUCGAAAUCUGGCCAUGUCCAUUGCAUUGUCCAAAGAAGGCGAUGGGUUUUUAGUAAAAGCUGGUUGUGAACUAGAGGAGUGGCCAGAGGCUGGAUGGCUGCAAGAAAUCACUUCCAGGAACUGGAAUGAAACCCAUGAAGCCUACUCAACAAUCUCACUCAUGAGAAACAAGCUUCACAAGCUUCCCGAAUAUUUGGUAUGUUCAAAACUCCAAAUUUUAUUGCUACAAAGUAAUGCCGGAAUAUGUGACAUCCCAGAAACCUUUUUGCAAAGUCCUAAUCCGCUAAGGGUCUUUGAUCUUAGCUUCACUGGUGUUUCGUCACUACCUUCAUCAUUCAGUUUCCUAACCAACCUCCAAACUUUGAAUUUGGAUUCUUGCAAAAAUUUAAGUAACAUAUCCGUUCUAGGAAAACUUAAUAAGAAACUUAAGAUUCUUAGUAUGAGAGAACUUCCUCUUAAGAAAUUUCCAAAACAAAUAGGAGAUUUGACCAGUCUAAGGAUGUUGGAUGUCACUGGUAGAUAUCUUGAAACUAUCCCAUCUAAAGUGAUAUCAAGGUUGUAUAGAUUGGAAGAACUGCACAUGAAAUUUCAGUUUGGGAAGUGGGGAAGUAAAAUUGAGGAUGCAGUUGAUGAAGAAACCAAUGCUGACUUUGAUGAGUUGACUGGCUUGUUGGAUUUAAACAUUUUGGAAGUUUACAUAUCUGAUGCCGCAUGCUUGCCUAAAAGUGUUGAGUACAUGCCGAAUUGGGCAGAAUUUGAUAUAUGCAUCAGCAGACACGUCCCUUGCGUGGCGCUCCCUCAACAUGAUGGUUUUUCAAGAACCUUGACUCUUGACACAACAAUCAGAAGCUUACCGUAUUGGUUUAUCAGCGCUGUGACAGAGAAGGUGGAGAAGCUAGAGUACACAGAUUGCGAAGACUUGAAUGACAUCGUUAGGGAAUAUGACCAUGGCAGAUUACUUGCACUGAAAUGUCUCUCUGUGAACGGGAACCGCAAGAACUUGAAAGAGAUAAUCAACACAAUGACACGGGUUUCAAAUAAACCAGUUUUUGAGAACUUGGAAGAGUUGCAUCUGCACCGCUUAUAUUCCCUCAAGGAGUUAUGUGUUGGUGAGCUACCACCUGGGUCUCUACGCAAGCUCAAGUUCUUGAAAGUGCAAACUUGUCGUAGCUUGGUGAAUGCACUUUUACCAUCAACAUUGUUGCAGAGACUACAAAAUCUGGAAGAAAUCAUUUGUGUAAAUCUGGAAGGAAUGAAAUAUGUAUUUGGAUCUGAUGAAGGGCUUGAUCCAGAAAAUAUUUUCUUGAGGAAAUUGAGGGAGAUGAGAUUGUCUGCUCUAUACGAACUAGUAAGCAUAUGUAAUGGUCCUGCUCCGCGUGUAAUCUUCCAGAAUCUUAAAGUUUUGGCAAUUUGCGAGUGCAAGGAAUUGAAAAAUCUCUUCACAAUAGAUGUAGUUGAAUGUCUUUGUCAGUUGGAAGACCUUUCCAUAGAGCACUGUCCUAGCUUGGACAGAGUCAUUGAAGCAAGCAAUAGCUUGAACAGCAAGAUUAAACUUCUGAAGUUGAAGAAGUUAGCUUUGAUAGAUCUUCCGGUGCUCACAAGGUUCUGCACUGAAGGUGGUACUAUUGAAACUGAGUGCCCUUCAUUGGAAUACUUGUAUGUGGAGAAGUGCCUCCAGUUUUCGUAUUUUGCUUACCACUUAGACAACAAGAACCAAGUCUACUUCAAUGAUAAACAACAUUUCAGUUCUUUAGUGAAAAGGUGGGAGGAAGUGCAUAAUCGGCUAUAAGAGAGCUGCUGCUGCACUAGGAAAAAAAGAAGAA